AUGCGCUUGGGGGUGGCUGCUGCUGCCAAGGGCUCCCUGGGGUUCUCGAAGGGUCAUCGAGCCUUCCGCAAGCAAGCAGGCAGCGUGUGCCGGAGUGUCAGGGAGCGACUGGGUUCCGCAGGCCUGUGCUGGACACGAGCUGCAUGGGAGGGUAGCUUAGCGGCAGCCAUGACUGGCCUGCAGUCACUGGUGAACGAAGAGGACAGCAAUCUGCUGGAUGGUACAAGCAGCGACGAUGUGAAGACCUUGAAGGGGGCAAUCUUGGCGCGCACCGCAAUCCCUACCUCGGAGCAGAAGCUGGUGGCAGGAGGGAAGCCGCUUCGCGACGCCAUUCAGCUUGGGGAGGCGUGCAAGGGGGAGGAGCUCAAUGUGGUGGUGAACUUUGGCCUUGCUGGAGGGGCAGGUGGAGCAGACGCUGCAGGUUCCCGUUCCUCGGCCAUGGAGCUCAGCGAUCCCCCUCUGAUCACGAUCAGGAGAUGCGACACAGAGGAGAUCUGCACACUUGACAACCCACCACGCCUCUGCAAGGAUGUCUUGCAACACCUCGAUGAGACAGAAGGCUGGGGCAGAGGAAAGCUGACAAAGACAUUGGGGGAGCGCGUAGUCUCUGUACCUGUCAACGACCAGGUGCACGCUGGCAGCUACACCUUCAAGGAGGUACAGGCGGCUGCUGGCCCGAGCACCACAGGAACUGCCUUUCAACCUCCUCCAAAAAGAGCCUGCAGAAGGAUGAAGGUCUUCAGUCUCCAAGAUGGGAUUGAUAAGGAGGGGUUCUUUAGAGAGUCGGAAGAGGCCCCGCAGGUCAUUGAGAUGAUCAAGAAGGGGCAGUAUCCGCUCAUUGCAGAUGUCAGGAAAGCAGGAAAGACGACGCUGAAACAGGAGGUCGUGGACCUGCUCCAUGGACAUUCAGUAGACACGAUCAGGGGCGAAAGCGAAGUCAGGGUAAUUGCAGUCACGCUCGGGUGGGGUUUGGAGAUGCACGGACAGGAGUCCGAAACAGCAUUCUGGAAGUAUGUGAUCGAUGAUGUCGUUCAGAAAUCUCAGGGGCUGCUGGUGCGACAUCGAGACACGACAGAUUCCGCUGCGGGGUUUGCGAGCCUCUUCCAGUGGGUCAGGCCGACUGAUCCUUUGAUUGUGCUGUGCGUCGAUGAAGCCUCCGAGUUGGCAAAGGCCUCCCUCAGGAACCGUGCGAGCCUCAUGCACUGCUUCCGGGACCUGCGCGAGGCCGCCACGCGCAGGCAGCACCGGCUUCUUUCAGUCGCUUUCUUUGGCACCUUCACGGUGCUGGGGAUUGUUGACGAGCUUAAUGAGGGAAGACCGGGGCCGUCUGGCGCCAUUUUCCGGACGUCACCGUUCCUGCUGGCAACAGGUCCUGAAGUGAUCAGGGGCCUGAGGCGCUUUUCUGUUGAAGACGUCGUCCAGCUGCUGAAAGAAUACGCCGAGCUGUGCAAAGAGGAGCUCGCGAAGAGGCCGGUUGCGCUGCAUGACCUGCAGAGGAUCGCAGAGUCCAUCUUCGAGAAAACCAGGGGCCACAAGGGCCAGACCAUUGCGUGCCUCAUGGCGUUGCAGACCAAGCAACUUCUAGAAAAGAAUCUAGACGGGCCCCUCGUCGUAGAGCAGUGGCUGCAGUACCUCAGGACAGACCUGCCUGCCUACAUCGCUCAGUCUACUGUCUUUCGAGCCACAGUCCAGUGUGCUCUUCAAGCCACUCCAGCCCAGCUCGAGCUCCUCAGCUCCGUCCUCUAUAAUGGAACCGCAACUGUGCCGGCUGACCAGGUGCAAGAGAUCGCAGAGCCGUUGCUAGCAGAAGGAGUUCUUGUGGAAGAAGCGCAUGGGGAAUCGAGCGAGUUUGGCUACCGGAGAGCGGCAGUCGCCCAGGCGAAGUCCCCGAGUACUGAGUACAUCGACUUCCUUGUGAUUGAGACGGUGCGCAACCUGAAUUGGGCCACCAUUGCAUGUCACAAAGCAGCAAACGUGUCGGGGGACCCGUCGGAGUAUGCACUGCAAGGCCAAUUUUGGUUGAUACUGAAUCAGUUGCUCCGGAAGACCGAAAAGGUCCAAUUCUUCAGCCUAGUCGCAGAGGCCAGGAACAUAACGACUACUUUGGGGAACGUGCGGAGACGGAUCGACUUCCUCUGCUGGCCCCUUCCACAUCGGCUUGGGACUAUCAGGCCCUUCGCGAUUGAGCUGAUUGCGUUUGCUGGGAGGGCCGACAUCCUGGAGCACAUGAGGCGUGGGUACCCGAAGUUGCACGCCGCUGACGUGGACGGACGAGUCGAGACGUGCCACACAGUGGUUGUCCACGUGUCAGCGGACUGGGCUGCCAAGAGGGGCGCCACAGACUACUUUGGGCCCCCCGAGGGUGUCGAGGACGUGCACGUCGUGCAAGUUCUCUUCAAAGAAAAUGGGGCAAAGGCACGGAUCGCAUUCGAGGAUAGGGAAAGGGAUAGGGAGAUUCCUGUAGCGGGUUUGCGCAAGGAGGCCAGAAUGGUUCUUUCGAAGCUCACGACCCCUCCCAGCUCCACCCCCGGCACCCGACGGCCCUCUCUUCCCCAGCCCCGUUAAAAGAAGAAAUCAAUCAGUAGAUGGACGGCAAGCUGGUCGUUCAGAAGCUUCUGGUUCCGCUUGGAGAAUGCCGAUUGAAAUUAAGUGCUGCGGUCUGACAUGUGCUCUCGCUUUGACAGCUUGUGUUUUGACUGCUGAUAUAUGUUACAUGCGGAAUAUAUUCCAGAUUUGCC